AUGUCGACUUCGACGAGCUACGACAAUGCUCGGCACGACUCCAAAGCUUUCCCCUUUCGGCAGCUGCUAGUCUUGGGUAAGCGAUCACAUGCUUUCCAAUGCCUUGCCUCCCACCGCGACGCACGCUGACCAUCAUGUUCUCAGGACUCUGCCGGAUAUGCGAACCGAUCGCCUUCAUGUCCAUCUUCCCUUACAUCUACUACAUGAUCGAGUCCUUCCACAUCACCAAUGACAGCAACCGCAUCGCCCUCUACGCAGGCCUCGUCACCUCCGUCUUCGCCGCCGCCGAGUGCUUGGGAGCCGGUUUCUGGGGUAGCCUAAGCGACAAAGUCGGACGCAAGCCAAUCCUCCUCACCGGCUUGGCAGGAACUGGUGUCAGCAUGCUCAUGUUCGGUUUCGCUCCCAACCUGCCUGUAGCUCUGAUCGCCCGUGCGAUCGGGGGUGCUCUGAAUGGCAAUAUCGGUGUUCUUCAGACAACCGUGAACGAGGUCGUCAAGGUCGAGGCACAUCAAGCCCGCGCCUACGCCAUCAUGCCAACCGUCUGGUGCAUGGGAGCCUUCAUUGGAUCAGGCCUUGGUGGUGCUCUCGCCGAUCCAGUCCGCAACUACCCGGGCACUUUCCAUCCAGGCACCAUUUUCGACAAAUUCCCCUACCUCUUCACCAACCUCGUCUGCACCGGAGUCGUCGUGUUCAGUAUGAUAGUGGGUGUUCUGUUCUUGGAAGAGACGCACGAGGAUUUGAAAGACAAGCGAGAUAGAGGGUUGGAGACCGGAAACUGGAUAUUGGGCUGCUUCAGGAGGACAGCCGUCGACCGGGUCUCUGCACGCAAGGGCGACUUGAGCGAUGAGACUCUCGUUCUGAUCGAUGAGCUUCCUCCGGAUUACCGAAGUAUCGCAUCUUCGCCAGCGUUGACCCCAAUCGCCGUCUCUGGGCUGCCUCCUCCUGCAUAUCGAUCGAUCGACGGCUCCCCUCGGAAUUCCUUGAACACCACCAGCGAUGACUUCGCUCGUGAUGUGGAAGAGGCCUUGAACCGCGAACAGGCCCAGCAAAAGGCAAGAUCGGGGCUUGGUCAAGCCUUUACCAAGCAAGUGAUCUUGAACAUCAUCGGAUACGGAAUUUUGGCAUAGUACGUCCGACUAGUUGUGACAUUGUUUCUUGGUAUACUAACAGCUUGCAGUCACACAAUAUCCGCAGAACAACUGCUUCCGGUGCUUCUCAGCAUGCCAAAGUCGGACGCCCCAGCAUCGCUUCCUUUCAAGUUUACCGGCGGUUUCGCACUUUCCACGAAGGCGAUCGGCGGCAUCUUGUCUGUGCAAGGUAUCAUCCAGAUGGUCGCCACGAUCGUCAUCUUCCCCAUCGUCAACCGCAAGAUGGGAAGCUUGUGGACAUACCGGAGCGUGGUCAUGCUCUACCCGCUGCUGUAUCUCCUGGUGCCUUACAGCUCCUUGGUACCGGACUCUCUGAAGCUUCCAUGCAUCUACGCAGCCCUUGUCUGGAAAGUCACAGCACAAGCAUUUGCUUUCCCGUCCAGCAGCAUCAUGCUCGCAAACUCUGCGCCUUCUAGCAAAGUUCUUGGACGAUUGAACGGCGCUGCGGCCUCGGCAGCCAGCGCCUGCAGAGCCUUUGGACCUACGUUCUCCGGCCUACUUCAAUCCGCUGGUCUCUCAAUCGGAACGCUCGGUCUUCCAUGGUGGGUCAACGUCCUCAUUGCCGGGAUUGGAGCUGUUAUCAGCAUGUUCAUGAUCGAGGAGAAACGACGAACUUUCGAAUCUGAGAAAGAUGUACCGCCGCCCCUCCCAACCGCCUCAGACGUCGCCGGCACUGCCGAGUACGGCUCAGGCAUGGUCGCGGCGGCAGAGAGCGCCAACCCGUCUUACGAUAAUUUACUCGAAGCGCCCGGAUCACCCAUUCUAGACAGGAUAUCACUGGACAUUCGCCGGAGUGCUCGUCGCGACAGCAAAUCCUAG